CGCCAUCUUGUUCCCAGGGGCAGUUGGCGGAAGAGAUCGAGCUCCUUGGCUGCCCGUUCUGCCUUGCGUCCUGAGUUCCCGCUACCUGCGUUUGGCGUCCGUCUUCGGCCUGGGGAGCGUGUGUCGGCGUACCAGUUGCAGUCCCUCGCUCGGCUGGGGCACAACGCGGCGGGCUUCUUGCCCCGACGGCCUUCCAUGGAGUAGGUCCGGGACCGUUGUCCCGAAGAGCGCGAUCGAGCUUGGCCCCCUCCUCCCACCCUCCUUCCUGCCGCGGCAACAUGGCUAACAACAGCCCCGCGCUGACCGGCAACUCGCAACCGCAGCACCAGGCGGCCGCGGCCGUGGCCCAGCAGCAGCAGCAAUGUGGCGGCGGCGGCGGCGCCACCAAGCCGGCGGUGUCGGGCAAGCAGGGCAAUGUGCUGCCGCUGUGGGGCAAUGAGAAGACCAUGAACCUCAACCCCAUGAUCCUCACCAACAUCCUGUCGUCGCCUUACUUCAAAGUGCAGCUCUACGAGCUCAAGACCUACCACGAGGUGGUGGACGAGAUCUACUUUAAGGUCACGCAUGUUGAGCCAUGGGAGAAAGGGAGCAGGAAAACUGCUGGCCAGACGGGGAUGUGCGGGGGGGUUCGAGGUGUUGGAACAGGAGGCAUUGUUUCUACAGCGUUUUGCCUUCUAUACAAAUUAUUUACCCUGAAGUUAACUCGAAAGCAAGUGAUGGGUCUCAUAACACAUACAGACUCUCCAUAUAUCAGAGCCCUUGGAUUUAUGUAUAUAAGGUAUACACAGCCCCCUACAGACCUGUGGGACUGGUUCGAGUCCUUCCUUGAUGAUGAGGAGGUAUGUCAGUCAGCAAGGGACCUAGAUGUGAAAGCUGGCGGAGGCUGUGUGAUGACCAUUGGUGAGAUGCUGCGUUCUUUUCUCACAAAACUGGAGUGGUUUUCUACUUUGUUUCCAAGAAUUCCAGUUCCAGUUCAGAAGAAUAUUGAUCAACAGAUUAAAACUCGACCUAGGAAAAUCAAGAAAGACGGGAAGGAAGGUGUUGAGGAAAUAGACAGGCACAUUGAGAGGCGGCGAUCCAGAUCUCCAAGAAGAUCACUGAGUCCUCGGAGGUCUCCUAGAAGAUCAAGAAGCAGAAGUCAUCACCGGGAGGGCCAUGGAUCGUCUAGCUUUGACAGAGAAUUAGAGAGAGAGAAAGAGCGCCAACGACUAGAGCGGGAAGCCAAAGAAAGAGAGAAAGAAAGGCGAAGAUCCCGAAGCAUUGACCGAGGCUUAGAUCGCAGGCGAAGCCGCAGUCGGGACAGGCACAGGAGCCGCAGUCGCAGCCGUGAUAGGAAAGGGGACAGAAGAGACAGGGAUCGGGAAAGAGAGAAAGAAAAUGAGAGAGGCCGAAGACGAGACCGAGAUUAUGAUAAGGAGAGAGGCAAUGACCGAGAAAGGGACAGGGAGAGAUCAAGGGAGCGCUCUAAGGAGCAGAGAAAUAGGGGUGAGGGAGAAGAGAAGAAGCACAAAGAAGACAAGGAGGAUAGACGACACAGAGAUGACAAAAAAGAGUCCAAGAAGAAACACAGCAGAAGUAGAAGCAGGGAGAGGAAACACAGAAGUAGGAGCAGAAGCAGAAAUGCAGGGAAGCGGAGCAGGAGCAGGAGCAAGGACAAGUCAAGCAGACAUAAAAACGAAAGCAAGGAGAAGUCAAAUAAAAGGAGCAGAAGUGGCAGUCAAGGAAGAACUGGCAGUGUUGAAAAGAGAAAACGAGAACACAGCCCUAGCAGAGAGAAGUCUAGAAAGCGCAGCAGGAGCCAAGACCGUUCCCACAAGAGAGAUCAUGGUGAUAGCAAGGACCAGUCAGACAGACAGGAUCAUCAGAGAAGCCAGACUGUAGAGCCAGAGAGCCAAGAAAAAGAACACAAAAACAAAGAUGAGACUGGGUGAAGAUUUUGUAAAAUUGGAUCACAUUGAAUCCUAUAAAUGUUGAUUAAAUUCUGCUUUUUUUCCCCCCAAGUUGAGAUUGUGCAGUAGUUAUGCACUCUUUGAGCUCCCUGUAGGCUGGUUUCUUUUGUGUAGGGAAGUGCCUUUGUAAUCUCAUUUAGCAUUGAUGUUUUCACCCAGUUGAGUUGACUCAUGAUGCACAGAUUGUUCUUGCAUUUUUGUUUGUUUUUAAAAUGUACAGUCUGUACAUAUGUCCUGAAAAUGUUUUAAUUCUUUGGCAUGGUUGCCAUGUUGGUUAAAUUUGUAUAAGGCAAUAAACUGCCACUAAUUGUAUUUUUGUUUUGUAGGUGUGAGAUUAUGGUUGUGUACUGAAGCUAGCAUGACUGUGCUCUUCAUAAUAGAAUGCUGAAGACUUUGGGAAUGGGUCUUGGGUGUCUGUUUUAGGAGAAUUAUGUGUAUUUCAGUAUACAUGAGGGCAACAGUUGUAGGGUUAACAUUCUUGUCCACUGUAUAUUACCUUGGAAGCUCUUGUUAAUAUGUUAUUCUCCACAGUUAAUGUUAGAGAGAAUUUAUAAGAGGUUUAAAUUAGGCUGUGCUUUGAUCAGAAGUCCUUUUAGCAUUCUACCUCAAAGGGACACUGUUAGUAUGCCUAAAAUUUAUUUACUUUCCUUUUUACAAUGUGCUUCCCUCCUCCCUCUUGAAUUCUUUCUCAGAUUUUAAAAGUACUAUAUUAAAAUGUGUAAAGCCUGGCAUUGUAGCAACCAAGUGAUUGGGAGAGGGCGGGCACAUGAGAGAAGCAGUCAAGCCUCAGGCUUCCAAAGCAUUUUUAUAAAUGGAGAAUACUUAAAUUAUGAAACAGCUUGAUAUAGUAUCCUUUUUUAAGAAUUCAAAACUUUUUUUAUUGAUAAUGAAGAUUGCUGUUUGAGUUUUUAAACUUAAUCUAGAACAGAAAUAUUAACAGUAAUGCAGUGCUGCGUUAUUUAAGACUAUCAGCAAAUUAUUUGAUAGAUUGUUCUUAUGACUUGUAUUCUGAUUUCAGAAAACCAUCAUGAGUGUGGAAUAAAUACUGGAUUAAAUCCUUC